AGCGGGGCCCGCCUAGCGGAAGUGACGUCAUACAAGGAAGCCGCUCCUACCGGGAGGAAGAGAAAGAUGUCGGCGGCGGCUGAGGACAGAGGGGAUGAGGGAGGUACGGGGUGCAGCGGCUCCUCCUGCUGCCAGAGACCCCGCUCAGCGUCUCCUUCCUCGGAUCAGCUGCACCAGAGCAACACCCUCCUCGGCCUGCCCAUCGUCGCCAUCGAGAACAUCCUGAACUUCAUGAACUACGAUGAGAUCAGCCAACUCCGGCUGGUGAGAGGAUAUUAACAGGGACUGGGAGGUGGGGGACUGAAUACUAACUGAUUAUAAACAGGGACUGGGGGGGGACUGAUUAUAAACAGGGACGGGGGAGAUAUAAACAGGGACUGGGGAGAUAUUGCAGGGAGACUGGGGAGAAGGGACAACAGAGGGACUGGGGGACUGAAUAUGAAUAUAAACAGGAGGGACUGACAUGGGGGGACUGAAUAUAAACAGGGGACUGGGGGGACUAUAAGCAGGGACUGGGAGGGACUGAAUAUAAACAGGGACUGGGACUGGGACAGGGACUGGGGGGACUGAAUAUGGGACUGGGGGGGACUGAGGGACUGGGGGACUGAAUAAGCAGGGACUGGGGGACUGGGGAAGGGACUAGAAAGCAGGGGACUGGGGGGACUGAAUAUAAACAGGGACUGGGGGGGGGGGGACUGAAUAUAAACAGGGACUGGGGGACUGAACAUAAACAGGGACUGGGGACUGAAUAUAAACUGAAAAGGGGACAGGGACUGGGGGACUGAAUAUAAACAGGGACUGGGGGGACUGAUAUAAACAGGGACUGGGGGGACUGAAUAUGGGGACUGGGGGGACUGAAUAUAAACAGGGACUGGGGGGGACUGAAUAUAAACAGGGACUGGGGACUGAAUAUAAACAGGGACUGGGGGCUGAAUAUGGACUGAAUAGGGACUGGGGGGAGGAGGGGACGGAGAUAUAAACAGGGACUGGGGGACGGAGAUAAAACAGGGACAGAGAUAUAAACAGGGACUGGGGGACUGAUAAACAGGGACUGGGGACGGAGAUAUAAACAGGACUGGGGACGGAGAUAUAAACAGGGACUGGGGGGACUAUAACAGGGACUGGGGGGAGAUAUAAACAGGGACUGGGGGCCGGAUAUAAACAGUGACUGGGGGGCGAGAUAUAAGCAGGACUGGGGGGGUAUAUAAAACAGUGACUGGGAGAUAUAUGGCAGUGGAGAUAUAAACAGUGACUGGGGAGAUUAAACAGUGACUGGGGGAGAUAUAAGACUGAUAUAAACAGUGACUGGGGGAGAUAAGCAGUGACAGUGACUGGGGAGAUAUAAACAGUGACUGGGAGAUAUAAACAGUGACUGGGAGUGACUGGGGAGUAUAAGCAGUGACUGGGAAGAUAUAAACAGUGACUGAAGAUAUAAACACAGUGACUGGGGGAGGCAGUGACUGGGGGGAGAUAAACAGUGACUGGGGGAAGGAGAUAAACAGUGACUGGGGAGAUAUAAACAGACUGGGGAGAUAUAAACAGUGACUGGGGAGAUAUAAACUGAGGGACUGAAUAUAAACAGGAGGGACUUGGGGAGAUAUAUCCCCAUUGUAAGAGUCACUGUAAGGACUGUCAGCACCUUGGGUCAAAUCAUUGCUGCAGAGCUCUGCAGGUGUGAACUUCAGGGGCCAGAUCCCUGUGAGGCAACAACCACUGGGAGGUGUAAACACCUAUGCAAGGGAGCGUUACCGGCUGAGGACUGUCAUUUCCAUUGGGAGUUGGAGGCUGAGUGGCCCUACAGAGCAGUUGGAGUAAUGAUUGUUAGCAUUUAGAGUUAUGUUCCAUAGCUUUCAGCCUUGAUCUUAAUCUCUGUAGCCAGGUAUAUGUGGAAAGAAUAUAUAUAGACUGUCUGUCAUACAUCAUAGGAGAGAAUAGCUAAUGGGAUUAUUGAUCUUUACUCCUGUUUGUGCAUUGUAUUCACUGCGCACCCCACUGAAACAUUUACGCUAAAAUAUGCUGUGACAACAGCUAAAUUGGAAAGCAGGUUUUCAGUUCACUAUAAAAUAACCCAUGAAGGUUAUUCACUACAGUUUCUAAUUAAAUCUGUAUGAAGCAAGAAAAUUCUUCCUACGUGGUCUUACCUUAGUUUUUUUACUUUUGGAUUUAAUUUGUGAAAAUUUGAAUUUAUUUGAUCUAUAUCUCUCUCUAUAUUGUACUGGCAAAAUUACCGGCACUUCUGCAGCCAAAAUGGUGUACGUUACAAUCAUGUUAUUCAAGAAUUGUCUGAUAAUGGAGGGGGCAGCAGCUCGUUCAGCUUAACUUUCCCAUAAGUAGUGCUUGUAGCAUCGUACAACUGCAGAUGCUUGCUUAGAGUUAUGGAAUCCUGCAUACGCACGUUGUAUCUUAGCUUUUUAGCACUGUGCUAGCUGUUGGACUGUGAAAAUGUAGCUCUGGUGUAUAUUCUAGAACUUGAAGUGCCAAGUAAUUUUUAAGGCCUGGCUAGAAGUACAGGACUUCACAUUUUUUGGGUUUACAACUAGAGGUGCUUCUCCAUUGAAGACAUUCACAAAUCACAUUCAGUGUCAUCAUUCGCAGAAUUAUGAUUCCAAAUACCAUGAAUGCUUCUCAUAAAGAAGCUGUAGAUUCAUUGCCUCACAUGGGGAAUUAUCUGCUUGGGGAGUGCUAUGAGAGAAAAUCAUUGGAUUGGAUCAAUAUCUAUCAGGAUGAACACGCCAUGGGCGGAUUGGCUGUCGAGAAUGUUUUGGCACUGGAGUACAGGUGAGUUUUAUGGCUGUUUACUCCCCUUUUUAUUUUAGGAAAGAGGAUUUAAUGUAAAAAGAACCUGCUGUAACAGGUGGAUUCCAAAUGUUACUCGCACUUUCCUGACGGUCUUUAAGGAUUCUUUGUUGGAUCUGACGACGUUGUUGUGCUCCGUUUUGUUCAUGAUCGGUGUUUUGUCUUUUGACAAGAACACAUCAAGGUUAAAAUAUUUAUUUUAAUCUUGGUGAUGUAGUACCAAAACAAUCACAACUAGUUUUAGCUAUUCAUUGCCCACAGUCUUUAGUCAGGUAUAAUGUAUAGUGCUUCACACUAGGGAUGCGCCAAAAUUUUCGGCCGAAAAUGGGCCUAUCCAAUUUCGACUAAAAAUGGGUCAAAUCUGCCGAAAAUAGGGCACCUGACGAGUGACUUGUUAGGUCCUCGGUCCAUGACUGAGUACCCGACAUUGGGGGGGCGGGGGGGGGGGCACCGCUUGCGCUGGGUGCAAGGCCCCUCCUGUCUGCACGGGGCGAGAGAGCCAGUGCUUAUUUAGUAGAUGAAGGGGACCUUAACUAUAAUUUAAAAAAAUUUCAUAUCGUGUGAGUAUGAUCUAAAUCAGAUUAAAUUACAGUGAAAUAUUCCUUUAUAUUAAUCUGUUGUUUGCUUGACAUUCUUUAAGGCUUAUUCUCUAAACAGUGGCAAAUUUAAAACAUAUUGCAAAAACUUGGCUAAAAUAUGCAGAACUGUUUAUAUUUUGCAGUUCGGUUUACAGUUUGAUAUAAUUUACUUUUUAUUGAAUACCCUUCAUCCAUGUUCUUAUGUCCAAACCUUCUUACCAGUCAAUCAGUGUGUGCUGGAGGACUGUUAAAAGCAGAUCUCUAAUCCCCAGACACUACACAGCAUGCUCCCUGGCUGUUAAGGAACUAGUAACUACUGCCUGGGGCCUACAAUUUCCCCAGAUGCCUCAAGACAAACGUGUUGGCCAGCUGCUGCCUUGGCGCUAAAUACUGCCUAGGCAAGUCAUUGAGCUCCUGAAGGGGGGUCCAGGAUGGUGCCACUUUGUGAGGCCUACACUAUCAUUUAUCUGCAAUUGAUUUUAUCUUUCAUGUUUCCUAGCCAGACAUAGGCUGGAAUACUCUGCAUCACAUACUUUUUUUUUUGUUUGUUUUUUAAAUCCCAGCAAGUUUUAAAAUUUAAGCAAUUGUUCAUACAGUAUAUCAUAUCCAAACACACACAGAAUGUAACAGGGGUAAAAAUAAAAAGGGGGGAGGGGUGGAAGAGAGAAAAAAAAAACACAUGAUUUUGAUGUUCAUUUUUUGACUACAUUUGUUUGAACUGGACAACAAAAGCAAAAAACAAGUGUCCCUCAGUUGAGUUCUUGAUCUUAUUUUUUUUUUUUGUGUGUGUUCAGUUAUUGGCUGGUGUCCUUAUAUUCUCCUUUGAUCAGAAGGGGAAGGUAGACAAUCCUCCUUUUUUACAUAAGAAAAUGUUAUGGAGACAAAAGGUGUGCUCUCCCAUGCCACCAUCUUGAGAGAAGGCUGUCCUAAGGACUGUUAUGUCUGAUAUCUUGGGAGCCAGACGUGUUAAGCUCUUCAGAUUCCUUUGAAUAUAAUUUACUACUUAAAAUGCAGAAAUAGCAAUUUGAACUGUGAAUUUGUACAAUUGUUUUACACACUUGUGUUGUUGUUGCUCAAAAAUUACGAUUUAUAAUUUUAAUACGCUAAUAUCACAAAGUAUUACUUUACUGAGAGGGUAGUGGAUGCAUGGAAUAGCCUUCCAGCUGAAGUGGUAGAGGUUAACACAGUAAAGGAGUUUAACCCCUUAAGGACCAAACGUCUGGAAUAAAAGGGAAUCAUGACAUGUCACACAUGUCAUGUGUCCUUAAGGGGUUAAGCAUGUGUGGGAUAGGCAUAAGGCUAUCCUAACUAUAAGAUAAGGCCAGGGAUUAAUGAAAGUAUUUAGAAAACUGGGCAGACUAGAUGGGCCGAAUGGUUAUCUGCCAUCACAUUCUAUGUUUCUAAGCUUUGACAAUAUUCUGCAGCACUCGAUUCCAAGCAGUUUUAUAUCCCCUUGAUUCGAUGUAUCCUAUCAAGGUUGAAGGGUCAUCACUGAAGGAAAAAAAGUGGUAUGAGCACCAUUAAAAUAUUUCCAUGGGGAAACCUGCCUGCACGUUUAGUACUUUGCACCACUUCUGAACUCAUGUUCAUGUCCAGGGUAUGUAGCGUGUCGGUAUUGGCAGAUAGCAGUUCGUUUGAUUAGUCUGUUAGAUUGCAGUUAGGGAUAGGUGCAGCGAGAGACAAGACAGCUGCUGUGGACUACAACCCAAAAGUCUGCCGGCCAUCGUGAGUUAAAGCCCUGUGUCAUCAAUGUAAAGAUAGAACCGAGCUGCCAGCCACACUUGUACCGCCACAUUUGAGUUCCUUUAUAGAGCUGUAAAACAGAUAGGAACGUACACUGUGUGCAAUUUAAAUGAGAAAUUAUCGAUUCCUCUUUAUCAGAAGGAUAAACGGAGUGCUUCGAGCUGCGGCUUAUAUAUUUUUUUGCAAAUCCCUUAAAUUGCAAGUGUCUACGUGGAAGGAGAUGUGGUUAAGGGGAACUUCUUGCACUAAAUUUGCAGUGAGCACAGUUUGUGAUGGUGGUAGAGGUACCUGUUUUAGGACCAGGACAUAAUUAUGGUUGUAAUGUCCCUUCAGACAGCUGGUGGUGGUUGAUGUUGGAUAAGUAAUAUUUGGGAUCAGACUGAAAUUCGGGGUACUUGUUUUGAAGAGCUGGUCAGGUUUGUCUGUUUCUAUGCAGGCUAAUUCCAGAAUCUCCUUAAUGAUGUUAAUGAGGUGUGUUAUGACAUUUAUCCAGAUUCCAGUACACUUGUCGGCUUUUCCAGAUCAGAAAGUGACGUCUUUCUCUCACCGGAUUUUAUUUCCAUUUUGGCUCCAGCAAAGUAAAUGCUAUUUGCAAGCAAGAUUAAGCUUGGAUAUCAUUUUACAGUGUUUGGAGCGUUCUGUUUGUUAUAAAUAAAGCUCCUGUCAUAAUCCAGGCCGGGUUGGGAUGUCAGAAUAAUUUAUAAUCUAUGGACCCCGUUCCUUUUUAUUCAGAUCUCUUAUCACUAUGCCCCAGGAAACAAACUGAAUAGAGUGAGGGAAUGUAUUAGAAUACACUGUAUUUACAUAAUCUGUUGUCCUGGUAAAAAAACCAUUGGGUUCGUGUAUUAAAUGUUCUUUGCUGCCUGGGAGGGGGGAUGGGUAAAUUAACGUGCAUCUCAAUGUCUUUGAUUUUCUAAUACCGAAUGAUUCUCCAGUGCAACUUGUACAUGUGUUUAUUUUAUUUUUUUGUAUGUUUUUUUUUUUAUUUAUACUUUUGAUUUAUCAUGUUUUGCAUUCACUGAAAUAUAUAUUUUCAGGGAAUUUAAAGUGAAUUUCGAAACUUAGGCUAAAAUAUCUGAAUUAGAAAAAUCACCAAAACGUUUCUGUUUGCAGUUUGGGCAUUUUGACCUUAAAGGAACACUAUAUGGUGUUAGUGUUAAUCAAACUAUUUUAAUAAUUUUUAUUUAAAUUAUUUUAUUUUAAACGCAGUGAAGGGGGUUUAUUUACCCUUCUUUUUGCACCGCAUCAUAGUCGUUGCAGCCGGCAGUUCCUCCUCCUUCUCGCGAUUCUCAUAGCAAACAUUGAACCCGGCGUUAUUUGACGUUUUAGAUGUUGAACUUCACCUGGCAGACAAACUCUGUGGUCGCAAUGGAGCACCUCUAGUUAUUGUCAGACAGCCACAAUAUGUGUUUAGCUGUGCCGAACCUACAAAACAGCAGUGUUUUUACAUUGUAAGAUUGAAACGACAGGGCUGGUGCACACCACUUCACUGAAAUUAAGUGAUCUGGGUGCUUUUUUUUGAUCCAUUACAAAUAAAAUCCCCAUCAGUUCUCCCUUUAGUGAAUAAUCCCGUAACCCUGUAUUCACCUACCCUAUGCGUGCACUAUGCAUGUAUGCCAGUAAAAUACAGUAAUUUAAAAUGAUCCCUGCAUAAAGUGUAAGAGGAAAUGUGAAGACGGUGGAAUAAGCAGAAACUUUUAUUUCUUUAUUUUAAUUUGUGCGUACAGAAAGCCAAUGAUUCCUGUCUAGACUAAACUAGUAAUGAAGACAUGCUGACUAAUUUGGUGAAGGCAAGUGUGGCUUGAUUAAGAACACAGAGAAAAGAAUGACUUGGAAAAUCUAUGUAGCCACUGUUUAUCAAGACUGGUGAUGGGCCUUUAGCAUAGCACGUUUAAUAAAAUUGAAAAACACAGGCACAUGUGCGUUUUCACUGCUCGUGUUAACACCUGUCUUGAUUUAGUUAAUUAUAUCAUUUAUUUUAGCCAGAAAACUGUGUGUACAGCUUUCAAACGGCUCUCCAGAUUGUUUGCACUACACUCCUACAUUUUAUUUAAUUUUCCAUAUCCUCCUCCUGGGAACCAAGGGGACAAAAUUGUAUUCCAACAUGCCAUCCAUUUUUGAUGUAAAGGAAGUUCCCAGCCUGUCACAUGACAUGUCACUGGAAAGCCCAGAAUGUCUUCUUUACAAUACAGCAGGGAUUGAUAGAGUAGCUGAAAAGGAGAUGCACAUGAAUGAAAUAUCCAGUACAGAGGACACAAGUUAAUGGGCUGGGUCUCAGGAGGAUGUGUGUGUUUUUGUAUUACAUUUUUGUUUUAUUCUGUCUCUUUUGGGCAUAGGUUUAUUCUUGUGCACUCUUUAAUAUUUGUUGAAUUCACCAAGUUAUGUGUAUUGCGCUUGAGACCAAUCGACUAGCUGCACAAUCCAGUUUAAUAGAUUGAGCAGAUAAUCUUUUUCUCACCUGAUUUUAUUUGUUUUUUCUUAGGUUUGCAAGCGCAUGGAUCUGGUGUGUCAACGUAUGCUUAAUCAAGGCUUCCUGCGAGUGGAAAGAUACCACAACUUGUGUCAGAAGCAGGUCAAAUCACAACUGCCAAGGUAUAGUCUGCAAAUACAACAGGUGCCCCUGGGCUGGUGGACGAUCUGUUUGGAACUGGCAUAAUGAAGUGGCAAAUGAAUAACCGGGUAUAGAACAUGGCAGCAGGAUUCAUUAAAGUACACAAACUUGUAUGAAAAAGCAAUGGCUGAAUCAAAUGGCAAUGCAGACCUAUUCACAGCUAACAUUAAAUAAAAAAAGUUACAUUUUGAAUUCAGAUGUGACUGCAGGGGAAUGAUCUGUACACCAAAAUCACUCCAUUAACCUAUUGUUUUUUUUAUACCUUUUAGUGUCUCUUUAAAACCAGUUUUAUUUACAAAUUAACAAUCCAGUAGAAAUGAAAUGGGUUUUGUAUUUCAUGUUUGUGUCACAGUGGAGGUCACACUGCUUGGUUUAAAACUAUGAUAAAUGGUUGGUUUUUUUUUUGUUUUUUUUAAAUUUCAUUCUGUGUCCUACGUGGCAACUGAAUUCCAUGAUAUUCUUCGUAUUGUGUCUGUGCAGGCGGGAAUCUGAACGGCGGAACCACUCGUUGGCGCGACACGCCGAUAUUCUAGCUGCAGUGGAGACCAGGCUUUCCCUACUAAACAUGACAUUUAUGAAAUAUGUUGACUCCAACUUAUGCUGCUUCAUCCCAGGAAAGGUAACAUUAUAAUUAUUGUAUUAUUAGGGUGCCUGUGUAAAUCACUUGAAUACAUUCCGUUAAAGGGAGUAUCUAGAUUAGUAUUAGUCCAGUAGACAAGAUGCCAAAAUACCAGAGUAUUGCAGAAUGCAAUGAUACAUUUUUUUUAUUGGCCUAACAUAACAUUUCAAAGACAAGCUUAUCUUUGAAAUAUCCUAUUAGUACAAUAAAAGAGGUAUCAUUGCAUACUGCAAUAAUCUAGUAUUUUGGCAAAAUAUAUAUUAUAUUUUAUAUUUUAUAUUUUUGUUAUGCAGAGAUACAUUCACAGGCAUUUUCAAUGUAGCAAAAGUUAGUGUAAUGAGCUUGCACAUAGACGUAUACACAUAGGAAGCUACGCAUUUAAAACGAAAUAAAUAGCAAUUGGAAUUAGACCCAUAUUUUCAUGUGAGAAUCACUAUUGUUCUUAUAAAGCUCUAUAAGGAAAGCUGUAGUUUGAAUUAUGUCCAGUAGAUGGAGCUAGUUGCCUUCCUUAAUUACAGCUGGCAUUGUCUGCAUUUGUUAAAUUAAUUCAUUAGAAUUUUUUUUUUUUUUAAAUUAAAAUAAGUUUAUAGAACUUCAAUGUGGAGUGACCGUGUGUGUCUUUGUGAGUGUUCAUUGAAUGCGAGGGUAUGUAUGUGCAGAUGGUCAGUGUUUGUCUGUAUGCUAGUAUAUAAUUGAACCUUUUCCCCUACCCGUAUCAUUUGUUCUUACCCUGUUCAUGUCACCUGUCCCUUUUUUUUUUUUUUUCUUCUCUCUAUGUGGCUAAUGACUGUCAUUACUUUUCUUGCACUAUUUUCCCCCUCCCAUUUUUCUGUAUUAGGAGGUGUCUCUCUUCCAUGCCUUUACCAUCAAUUGAGAGCCUCUCUCCUGCCAUCUAAUGUUAGUGCAUAUCGUAGGGGAGUGCUUCUGAUGCAGAUUAACCCACCUACCUAGUGGCUCGUCAUGUCCAGGAGAGGACAAACGGACGAGUUUUGUCAUAGUUCAAAGUUUUCUCUACUACUUUCAUUCCUACAGGAAGUCUGUGUUUUUUUUUUUUUUUUUCUAGCAGGCGACAGCAGUUAACUAUUCUCUCUGUUAAUUCUCAGCUAGACAUUUUUAUAGCUGUCGGGAAGCUGACACUUAUUCAUGGCUUGGGCACAUUGGGUUGCCUUUUUUCUCAGCUGGGCAUUUAUAGGGUACAGGGCUGCUGUUCUCAGCUGGGAAUCUGUAGUACCCAGGGCACUCCUGUUAAUUUAUCCUCUGACAAUUUACUCAGAGUAAGGGUUGUUGUUGAUUUAUUCUCAACUGAACCUUUUGUAGCAAGCACUGGUCUGUUGGCAUUUUCUGUGUUUAAAAAAAAAAAAAAAAAUUUUUUUUGUGAAUGGUUUAUAUGGGUUAAAGGUAAUGAGACACUACUACUACUACUAGAGAUGUGUGUUUUAGUACCGUGUUUUCCCCAAAAAUAAGUCCUAGCAUUUUUUUCGGGAGAUGCUUCAAAUAUAAGCCCUAGUCAUCCGCUAAUCUAUGUUCGGGAAAGUUUCCAUGCCCUAGUGACCUGUUCAAUGCACAGGGCAAUUCCUCAAACAUAGACUUGCAUUUGAUCCCCGAAAUAAGACCUCCUCCGAAAAUAAGCCCUAAUGUGUUUUUCGGGCGGUGGGGGGGGGGGAGGGGAAUUAAUAUAAGACCUGGUCUUAUUGUCGGGAAAAGACGGUAAUGUAAAAUUCCCUCUUUUACUCACUAAGUCCAAAUUGGACCUGAAAGGUGGUUGUGGUUAGGUUUACCAUUGGGUUACGUGAUGUAACAGCUUUCUCUCAAGUAAAUUUCUCUGUUGCUGCAUGUUGUGUUUACUAUGGUUUGUGGAGUUGCCAACUAACUCCUUGAUACCAUUGUGUUAAAACCAUGCCAGAGGGAUAGAAUAUCUCUUAAAAUAUGACUUACCAUUUCAUUCAUUCCUGCGUGGUAUUUUGUAUCCCUCCAAUACGGCUCUCGCGUUAUCUACUCUCUAGAGCCAUAGAAUGGUGGUACAGGUUCUUAUGUGACCAGCUAUGUUAUGUUUUUUUUCCAGGUUAUAGAUGAAAUAUACAGAGUGCUCCGAUAUGUCAAUUCUACAAGAGCUCCUCAGCGUGCCCAUGAGGUCUUACAGGAAUUACGGGACAUUUCGUCCAUGGCAAUGGAAUAUUUUGAUGAGAAAAUUGUUCCAAUCCUGAAAAAGAAGUUGCCGGGUUCUGAUGUGUCGGGACGUCUCAUAGGGUCUUCUCCAGGUACCCUUUUACUACUUUGCUACAACUGAAUCUCAGAGCUUGCCCCCCAUUAUGUCCAAUUACGAUAGGACUUAGUUUGCCUGUCAUAUUUUAUUUUGCUAGACUUAAGAUUAUGGCAUUUCUACUAAACACUACAUUAUUCUGCCACACUUGACAUUGUAGUGGAGACAUAGACCACUGCAUAAAACAGAAUGCACACUUCAAUUAAGCAUGUAAUUCAAGAAUUUACUAUUGAUUUCCUUUAGUACAUUUUAGUCGUCAUCCACACAAUUACUGAAUCAUCUUUCUUUGUGUCCAGUACAAAAUUUCCAUAACCAAAUAAUGCCACUUGGCUAACCAGUAAUAAACAAUUUAACUAUAUUUGUGUGUCCCAUAUAAAAUUAAAUUUUCAUACAUUGUUUUACAGUUCCAGGUCCAUCUACUGCCCUGAGUACAAUGCAGCUGUUCUCUAAGCAAAACCCUUCGAGGCAGGAGGUGACGAAACUUCAGCAGCAGGUGAAAACCAAUGGAGCGGGCAUGACUGUCCUGAGACGGGAGAUGUCAGAGUUGCGUACCAAGGUGCAGGAGCAGCAGAAACAGCUUCAAGACCAGGACCAGAAACUUCUUGAACAGACCCAAAUUAUAGGCGAACAGAAUGUACGCCUGACUGAGCUAGAGCAUAAAUUGCGUGAAGUCAUGGAGAGUGCUGUAGGCUCCUCCGGAGCAGGCCAAAGGGAUGACUCCUUGCGCAAGCGGAAGAAAGUAGUGGAGGUUGUGGACUGUCCUAGGAAAUCAAAACGCCUACGAAGCAGAAAGUAAACCUUUUAGAAACUGCUUAGUAGCCAGAGUGGUGUUUGGCAUGACCUUUGUUGAGAGCACUAGUGAAGAGGUCAAGGUGCUCCUGAAAAAGCUCUGGUAUUCACCUCCCUGCCCAGUUCUAAACUGCCCCAUAAAAUGGGCUCCUGGCAGGUUCCUCUGUUUGCCAGUUUAAUUUUGAAGCCAUUGGGAGGUAGGUUAAGCAGUAGCUUAAAGACAUGAAGACUGUAUUUGUGAGAAGACUGCACACUCCUUAAACAGUAGUUUGAUACUGCUACCACAACAUGGUUUAUAUAAAUAUAUAUAUUUAAAAAGUUUGGAGAAAAUGUUAAUAGGCAUGCAAAGUCCAAAUGUUUCACCCAUUAGGUCAGUUACUAUAUUUAAUAAAUCCAGUUUAAGAUAUGCUCUCCCAGAAUAUUUAACCAUUUUAGUGGCACCAGCUCUCAAACCUGGGGGCAGUGUUAAUCCUGCUUUGAAGCUGCUUCUAUUUAAGACGAUCUAAACACUACUGUUUCUGUUAAUCGGGUUCCCAACAAGCCAAAUAAACGUAGAGUCUGGUCACAGACCUUUAUGGAAUUCAAAGCUUGGCAAACACAGGUUUGAGUAUUUGAAAAUGUUAAGAACCAGAGAGAAAAAUUAGGUAUUUAAAGGAUGCUUGGGCUCACCCUUCAUUCUCUUUCUUGCGUGCAAGUCUGGGGUUAAUGAGUGCUAAACUCAGGCACACUUUGAUAAACAUAAUGCCAAGUGAUGAUCUAGAUCUGUUUGUGUUUUUCUGGUAACUCCUGAAUGUCUUUUUCCCAGCUGAUCGCUCUUGUAAGAUCACAUUGUUUGAUUUGGCAAACCUUGUGUCCCAUCCAUGUUUUUCCUUUCAGUCGGUCACUGGGGUGAAACGCUGUCCACAAAUGCUACACUACGUUUCUGUUCAAAGGAGGGGGCAAAUUCCUUCAAAUCAGCUGAUCACAGUGGAGCCAACUGUUGUAUAAAAUCGCUUAGACUUGAAUUGUGUAUACACAGAACAUGUAUAACCCCUUAAGGACCAAGCUUAAUUUGCCUGUUUUUCCUCUUAAAGGAACACUAGUCACCAUAACCACUACUGUUUAAUAUAGUGGUUCUGGUGUCUAUAGCCUGCAGGCUUUUCAAUGUAAACACUGCCUUUUCAGAGAAAAGGCAGUGUUAAAAUGUUUAACUAGUAACUUCUGAAUGAUUGCUAUUAGAGGUAAUUCCUUGUACAGUAAUGGCGUUCUGUGUCUCCACGCUUUGCAUGGAGAUGCUGAACAUUGCCCCAUAGAGAUGCAUUUAACUCCAUGCAUCUCCAUGGGGAUAUUCUGAUUGGUGCAGUGGUUUUGCCACGCAUAUGCUAUAACCAUUGGUUAUCUUUACGAUUGAUCUCAGCCAUGGAAGUGGGACCAGCCGCAGCAAGCCUGGCAUGGCGUGGCGAAAGCUUUUUGGCAUGAUUUAGAGAGGGGGUCACUUAAACACCUGACACUAUAGUUUUCCUUUAAGGGGACACUAUAGUCACCAAAACAACUUUUUUGCUUGAUGAAGCUGUGUUAGUGUAUAGCUCAUGCCCCAUGCUGGCUCACUGCUCAAUUUUGUCAUUUAGGAGUUAAAUCACUUUUGUGCAUGUUUAUACAGCCCCCUGUAACUGACACAACCUGCAUGAAAGUUAAAUAUUUCAAUUUAUAUAUGUGUAUGUAUAUGUAUGUUAACUUACUUAAGAAGUUUGUAUCCCCUGCUUUGUAAAUUGACCUUUAAUUACACAAGGCUUUUGCUGGGCCUACCAAGCAAUUAACACUACAGGAGGUAAGAAAUUCUAAAUUAAACAGAAUUUGCAAUAAAGGAAGUGUAAACAUUCGAUAAUUCUUUACAAGAAGUGUUUAGGACGGCUGUGCACAUUACUUGCAGGGAAGUGUGACUAGGACUGCAUAAACAAAGUGAUUUAAUUCCUAAAUGGCAGAUAAUUGAGCAAUGUGACUGGAAGGGCAUGAUCUAUACACCAAAACUGCUUCAUUCCGCUAAAGUUGUUUUAGUGACUAUAGUAUCCCUUUAAGGACCAAAGCAAUUUCCAUCUUUCAUUUUUUGCACUAACACACAUCUACUGUUCUUAAUGUGCAAAAAGGGAUUUAAUUUGAUGUGACAUAUACAUAUAUACAUUCUCAUUUAUUAUAUAAAAAAAAAAACGGUUUGGCAAUACUAAUGUGUGCAUAAUUAGUGUAGCUUAAGAAAAGUAAUUCAAAAUAAAUUAAUUUAUUUGUCUUGAUUUACAGAGUACAUCAUAUGUCUGGAAUUUCAGUUUUAUUUUUUUGUAAUUGUAGGUCACAAAAUAGGAGUAAAAUAAUUCAAUGUGGAGAGAUUAGACGGUUUGCCUGUAAGCUUAAUAGCCAUCACAAAAAAUAAAAUUGCCACACAAACGUAUAUAGGUAUAUGAAGUAGACAUCUCAGGCUAUUUACCGAAGGGUAUUGUGACACUUUUUACCUAGCCAUUUAACUGCCAAUCGCUAAAGUGUAGUUUAUAUAUUUAUUAUUUUCUCUUUUCUGAUUUGUAACAUACACACAUUCAGCAAGGCUGCUUUUUUGUGUGUGUGUGUGUGUGUGUGUGUGUGUUUCCUGAACAUGUGUGCUACUCCUGCACAAAUCAAUGUAUGGUAUUCAGCUACACCUUCUGAGUACAGUGAUACCCCCAAUGUAUUCAGUGGACACACUCACGUGAAGCUAAAGUACCAUAUAAGAGACACGAGCAUUUCAGUUUUUACAGUUAGAAUUUUGGCUGAGUUUGAUGGGUCUAUGUUUUAUUUUGGGACACUAUAGCAGUUUGUUCAAAUUACCCAGUUGUGAAAGUAUACACUGUAUAGAGUAUAUCAUAUUGUGCCUCAAAAUGUCACCAUCUUUCCACCAUUUAAGUUUAAUUAAGUUUCUAGAAUUUUUAUUUAAUUUUUUAACAUGCAUAUUGCGUUUUUGCUAGGCUUUUAUUUAUUUUUUUAAUCUGAUGUGUGCCGCUGUGAUUAAAACCCCCACCAAUUAUGCUCUGCUACAUUUUGGGUACAAAGCUACACCCAAUGAAUGCCAUAGACUCCAUUGUUAAGUUACAGUGCCAUUAAGUGACCACACCAUUUCAGCUUUUUAAGUGUGAAUUUUCAAAGAUGGUGUUGGUGUGUCUUUGUCUCAUUUUAGAGCAUUCUAGUUCAAACAUCCUCACGUAGGCCUACCAUUUCUUAACGAAGACACCUCAGGGUAUCUCAAAUAGCAUAAUUUGAUCCGUGUCACAAGGUCAUGUAGUGGGAAUAACAUAUAUAUAUAUAUAUAUACUUUGACACACUCAUUAAGUUUUUUUAUUGCAUAUUUUGUAAUCCUUAUGUGAGCUACAGCAGUAUAACACCUAAUAUGUCUUUCAGCUAUGUCUUCUGAAUACAGCAAUACCCCCAUGCGUUCCUU